ACCAAAACGGCCUGCUUGCGAACCUUUUUCUAAAUAUCUUCAUGUGCGUUCAGCAAAACAGAGAAAUGCAAAAAGGUUUGGAUCCACCCGAGGGCGUGUAAAUGGUGACAGUAUUAAUAAUUUUGGGGGUGAACUAUUCCUUUAAGGUUAAAACCCACGCGGAGUAUAACAAGCCUGACUAUAAAACGAGAGAAAACGCGGGCUUUAACGAACGCGUGUUAAAUCGGCUUGCCACACAACUGCCCAGAUGCAACGCAAACUAAUUACAUUCCUCUUCAUCAAAGUUAAAAGUCUCCCAUAUAUCGACACGACAGUUUCCGAACGCCUCUCGUUUUGUUUGCUGUAGUUUUUUCUUGUUUGUUUGUUGUUGUUUUUUCCACCUGCGCGCUCAAGCACACCUCCCCCGAGCAAUCACAUGGGAGACGCGACCGCAGCGCUCAAUCUCAAUCAUCCCUCGCUCGCUCUGCCCGCCGGAGUCGCUUUCGCUCAGAAACAUGACAUCGCUUUAACCGAAAGUGCUCUUCGACGGCCCCGUCGGUUUUCAGGAAGCGCGCGCACCUGCACGGCGGAACACCUCGCGCAGAUGUUGCACGGAGAGACCUGAAACAAGCCGCUCGUUCUCACCCGGUCGCGCUCCGCGGGCUUCACGGAGAUGAAGAGGAGAGACAAGCUGAAAAUCCCCUCCCUCACUUUGGAUUUGUCACCCAGCCAGAGCCCCAUCAUCCUGAGUCCAUGCAGUCCAGGCAGCCCCUGCAGUCCUUUACAAUCCCUUCAUCCCUGGAGCUGUCGCAGCAGUAAUAGAAAGAGCCUUGGCGUUGGAACGCCUUCGCCCACCCGCCCUCUUUCGCCUCUGUCCGCCCACACAGCUGCCAGCAGCCCUCUGGACAGCCCACGAAAUGUGUCCGCUGCGAUUUGCUCUCUCAACUUCCCUUUCGCCCGCAGCCACCUGGCUCGAGCUGACAGAGCGGAAGGGAGACGGUGGUCUCUGGCUUCACUUCCAUCCUCGGGUUACGGGACCAACCCUCCCAGCUCAACUGUCUCAUCAUCAUCCUCAUCUCAAGAACGACUGCACCAGCUUCCAUACCAACCCACACAGGACGAGCUUCAUUUCCUGUUCAAACACUUCCGAAGUUCGGAGAGCAUGACCGAUGAAGAUGGGCGGCCCUCCCCGUUUAUGCGACCCCGGUCACGUAGUCUUAGCCCUGGACGAACUGGCAGCUCCUUUGAUAAUGAAAUUAUAAUGAUGAAUCAUGUCUAUAAGGAGCGCUUUCCAAAGGCCACCGCUCAGAUGGAGGAGCGUUUGCUGGAAGUCAUUAGGCAGUUUUCCCCAGACAGCACCCUACCAUUGGGAGAUGGCGUCUUGGGAUUUAUCCAGCACCAGUUGGUGGAGUUGGCUAGGGACUGUCUGGAUAAAUCCCAGAAGGGCCUGAUCACAUCGCUGUACUUCAUAGAGCUGCAGGAUAAACUGGAAAAAAUGCUGCAUGAGGCUCUGGAGCGCUCCGAGAGCGAGGAGGUCUCAAUAAUCACCCAGCUGGUGAAGAAGAUCCUCAUCAUCAUCUCUCGACCCGCACGACUGCUGGAGUGUCUGGAGUUUGACCCCGAGGAGUUUUACCAUCUUCUGGAGGCUGCAGAAGGUCACGCCAAAGUCGGCCAGGGCAUCAAAACCGAUAUUCCCCGCUAUAUAAUCAGCCAGCUUGGACUCAACAGAGAUCCUCUUGAUGAUGUUGUUCAGCUCGAGGAGCAGUAUGACUCCGGCCCCUCGCUCACGGUCGAUUCUGAAGAAACCGCGGAGCAGAAUAAAUCUUUACCCACACCACUACGAAGAAAACCGCUGGAGAGUGAUUUUGAGACUAUUAAACUCAUUAGCAAUGGAGCUUAUGGGGCUGUGUAUCUGGUCAGGCAUAAAGAAACUCGGCAACGUUUUGCAAUGAAAAAGAUCAACCGGCAAAACCUGAUUCUGAGGAACCAGAUCCAGCAGGUGUUUGUGGAGAGAGACAUCCUGACGUUUGCAGAGAAUCCCUUUGUGGUCAGCAUGUUCUGCUCCUUCGAGACCCGCAGACAUCUGUGUAUGGUCAUGGAGUAUGUGGAAGGUGGUGACUGUGCCACUCUGCUAAAGAACAUGGGCCCACUUCCUGUGGAUAUGACCAGGAUGUAUUUUGCUGAGACGGUUCUGGCACUGGAGUACCUCCACAGUUAUGGCAUCGUGCACAGAGAUCUCAAACCAGACAACCUCUUGAUCACUUCAAUGGGGCAUAUUAAACUCACUGACUUCGGGCUCUCCAAAAUCGGCCUCAUGAACAUGACAACCAAUCUGUAUGAGGGCCACGUCGAGAAAGACACUAGGGAGUUUAUCGAUAAGCAGGUUUGUGGCACCCCGGAGUACAUAGCUCCAGAAGUGAUCUUGCGGCAAGGCUACGGGAAACCGGUGGACUGGUGGGCCAUGGGCGUCAUCCUGUACGAGUUUCUGGUGGGGUGUGUGCCGUUCUUCGGAGACACACCAGAAGAGCUUUUUGGACAGGUUGUGAGUGAUGAGAUUAUCUGGCCAGAUGGAGAUGAUGCCCUUCCUGUAGACGCCCAGGAUUUGAUCACAAGAUUACUGAACCAGAACCCACAGGAGAGGCUUGGAAGAGGUGGGGCUUCAGAAGUAAAGCAGCAUAUGUUCUUCAGUGGUCUGGACUGGAACGGACUCCUGCGUCAGAAAGCUGAGUUCAUCCCUCAGCUGGAGGCCGAAGACGACACUAGUUAUUUUGACACUCGAUCUGAGCGCUACCAUCAUUUGGCCUCUGAUGAAGAUGAUGAAACCAAUGAUGAAGAGUCUUCCCUAGAAAUACGACGGUUUUCCUCAUGGUCAAAUCGUUUCAGCAAGGUGUACAGCAGCACAGAGCACCUGGCCACCCCAUCCAACCUGAGUUUCUCCUCUGACCGCAGUCACAGUGAAGAGAUAGAGGACCGGGCGGACGGGAGGGACGCUCAUCCUCAUGGAGAGAUCCUGCGGCAGGCCUCCACCGGAGACAAGAGGCUCUCGGCUCAGAGGGCAAGUCUGCGCCCUCGCACUUCUUCCAGCUCAUCUCAGCCCGAGCGAGCUGUGAGCCCCCUGGUGGUGAGCAGCACACACAGCCUGGAGGCCAUGCCUCGAUUCGCCCUCUCCACAGACGACGAGGCUGAAGUUGUCGUAUCCAACCUGCGAAGGAUCAGGCUACGUAGCAACAGCACAGGAACGAAACACUCGUCUCCAAGGGAACAAGGGAGUCCUCAGUGCUUUGGAAACCAGCUGGAGACGCCUGACAGGCAGCGGCUCUCACCAGGACGUAAAGUCCCUAAAUCUGCAUCAGUGUCUACUCUCUCGCUCAUCAUCACGCCAGAUGAUGGGAGUGGCAGCCUGCAAGCGCGCUCGAUCUCCCCUCGAUCGUUUUCCUCCAACCCGUCAUCCCGAGACUCCUCCCCCAACCGCGACCUGUCGCUCAGCGUCAGCAGGCUCCGCCCCCCCAUCAUCAUCCACAGCUCUGGGAAGAAGUACGGCUUCACCCUGCAGACCAUUCGCGUGUACAUGGGGACCAGCGACAUCUACACCAUACACCACAUGGUCUCGGGCGUGGAGGAGAGCAGCCCCGCUCAUGAGGCCGGCCUGCGAGCAGGCGAUCUGAUCACUCAUGUGAAUGGAGAGUCGGUGCAGGGUCUGGUGCACACAGAGAUGAUGGAGCUGCUUUUGAAGAGCGGUAACCAGGUGGCCCUGCAGACCAUCGCACUGGAGGACACGUCUAUAAAGAUUGGGCCGGCACGCAAACGCAGCUGUAAAGGAAAGAUGGCUCGCCGCAGUAAGAGGAGCAAGUGGAAGGACAGUCAAGACCGGAGGCGCAGCAUGCUGAAGAAGCUGUCCAAACAGAGCACGGUCAUGCACAGCAGCCGCAGUUUCUCCUCCGGCCUGCAUCACUCGGUGUCCUCCAGCGAGAGUCUGCCAGGCUCUCCCACACACAGCCUCUCCUCAGGACCCACAACACCCUGCAGGAGCCCCGUCCCUGACCACGCCGCUGAUGCCGGCCUGCCCCAGAACGCCUCUCCGUGCACCAGCUCUCCCAGUUCACCGGCGGUCCAAAUGCGGCCCAGCUCUCUGCACGGCCUGGGGUCUAAACUCAGCAACCAGCGCUACACUAAAGUGGGGAGACGCAAGUCCACCAGCAGCAUCCCGCCCUCUCCUCUGGCCUGCACCUCCUCACCCCAGGCCUUGUCCCCUCAGCGCUCCCCCUCUCCCUUACCCAGCAUCUCCAAAACCCUCCACUCCUUCCACGGCAAGACCCUGUCGCCCCCCACCAUCAUUCGGCACGUGGUCCGCCCCCGGAGUGCAGAGCCUCCGCGUUCCCCUCUGCUAAAGAGAAUCCAGUCGGCGGAGAAACUCUCGGGGGCUUUGUUCGCUGACAAAAAGCCCCACGCGGCCCGCAGACACACGCUGGAGGUCCCGCACUGCGAGGUGGACGUCCCGAGCGAGAUCGAGGUCGAGGGGGCGUGCGGUGCCACGUAUGCGGCAGAUCACAGCAGGCUGGGCAGCUAUCUGUGUGCCCAGAGACUGAGGGACUGGCCCGGCGAGCGCAUGGAGCAGAUCGUCGUGAUGCGCAAGCUCAAUCUCUCCGAACGGCGAGAUUCCUUUAAGAAACAGGAGGCCGUGCAGGAGGUGAGCUUCGACGAGCCGGAUGACCGGGCUCCUCAGACGCCCACGUCCUCUGGAGCGCGGCCCAAGCAGGUGACGGACGAGACGCAGUCGGAGGAGGAGUGCGGGGCGAGGAGGAAUCCGCUGGUUCCCCAGAUCGCCGUGCAGGGCUCCGAGAGCGAGGAAGCGGACGACUGGAGGCUUUGCUCGGAUGACGACGAGGAAGAGGCCGAGGAAGACGCGGAUCGUGUCAGCGAAGACACCCCGCGCUCCACAGAGUCCAGAAAAACGCACACCGAAAGAGAGAUAAACGACUGAGGACUGUUACAUAUCCGUAGGCUUCUCGACGCACUCACUGAGAUGUUUGUUGCCACGCAGAUUGCUGAGUGGAGUGUUUUAUUAGCAUGGAAGUAAGCUAGUCUUAUGCAGGGAAUAUUUAUGCUUUUUUAUUUAUAUUGUACACUGGAGACAUACUGUUGGCCAAAAAGAAAAUGUAACUGUUACUAGUACUUUUUUUUUUUUUUUUUCACUUUCCGUGAACUUAAGGAGGGCAAUUGAAUGACUUGAUUUUUCUAUGAAAAUACGCAGAUGCUUUGAGUUGAUUUUAUCCUCCAAGAGCUUUCUUUUUUUUUUUUUUUUUUUUUUUUUUUUUUUUUUUGCUCCAACUUUGUGUUUUUAGAAGCUAUUGAAUGGAACGGUCAUUCGGCCCUAGUCAUGUAUUAUUUUAUCUCAAAGCGUCUCCAGAGCGUUCUAAAUGAUUCGUGCGAAGGGAAAAAAGGGCUCUGUUGUGCUGAACAUUUAAACUUUUAAGCUUUGAGUAACUUGUCCAAAAAAAAAAAAAACCCAGUACAAUGUAUUUGUGGAUUUCACACAUCAAACCAAAUGGAACAGUAUUUCUUUUUGCUUGCUCAAAGCGAAUUUAGAUUUAAAAUGUUUUUAAUUAUAGGGUAGUUCACCUAAAAAAAUGUUAAAAACCUAAAAGAUAUUUUCAAGAAGGUCCCCAUUGACUUCUGUAGAGUGUAUAUAUAGAAUGUCGUGAGGGUGAUGAGCUUUCGUUUUUUUUUUUUGGUGUACUAUCCUUUUAAGUUCCUUUUCUCCCAAUCUGUGCUUCAGUUGUUUUUAAGUUUAUAAAAUUUUUUAAAAAUGUAAUCUUUUUAAGUUUAAGGUACCGUUCCCACAAUAAUUUUUUCCCAUUUCUUAAUUUUCUUUUAAUAUUCGUUCUGUGCAAUUUUUUUUUUUCACUCAGCGUGUUAUUUUCAGUUGCCACUUUUUAUUUUAGUUUUAUAUAUAUA